AAAAGAGGCGCGUGUACGGAGGAGAGCAGUCUUCAGUCUUCAGCUCGAGGAAAACCAAGAACAGGACACACACACACACACACACACACACAGCUUCAUGUAGACUCUGGACACAGCGCGUGCUUCAUACUGGAAUUUUAAGGACCACUAAUCUUUUGGAAUUAUAAAACACUUUUAAUAAAAAGGUACAUCAAAAGAGGGAAGAUGCUUCUGAAUAUAAAACAUAUACUGUGGUUAUUCUGCCUAUACCACACAACACUUGGACUGGUUUCAGGUUCACUAACAGUGAUGCAGCCAGUGAGCGGCUCUCUUUCGGGAAAGGUGGUCCUGCCGUGCCACUUCUCCAAGCUCCCUACAGCAACUCCUAGCAAUGCUACAACCCCUGAAACAGAUCAUCUGCGCAUUAAAUGGACCAAGGUGGAUGGAGACUUGGAGUCCAUAGUAAUUGUUGCUCAAAAUGGUGUCAUCAAAAUUGGGCCAGGCUACAAGAACCGUGUUUCUGUGCCAAGUCAUCCAGAGGCUAUUGGGGAUGCCUCGUUGACUGUUGUGAAACUGCGGGCUAGCGAUGCUGGAACUUACCGCUGUGAGGUUAUGCAUGGCAUUGAAGACAUUCAAGACACGGUCAACUUGGAUGUCAGUGGUGUUGUUUUUCAUUAUCGGUCCAAGGCCAGUAGAUACACCUUGACCUACAACAAAGCUGUGGAGACCUGUCAAAGUGUUGGGGGUACCAUUGCCACAGUAGAGCAACUAAAAGCGGCUUAUGAGGAUGGGUUUGAUCAGUGUGAUGCCGGUUGGAUAGCAGAUCAGACAGUGAGAUACCCUAUCACUAACCCAAGGCCUGGUUGCUCUGGGAACAUGCCUGGAAAACCUGGUGUCCGGUCAUAUGGCCUUCGAAAGCCCACUGAGAUGUAUGAUGUAUACUGCUAUGCAGAUAAACUUGAGGGUGAUGUAUUCUUUGCACCUACCACAAAUAAGAUGACAUUUGAGGAAGCAAAGUCUGAGUGCGAGCAAAGAAAUGCCGUCUUGGCCUCACCUGCUCAGCUCCACUCAGCCUGGAGAAAAGGUCUCGACCGCUGUGACUAUGGCUGGCUAUCUGACGGAAGUGCCCGUCACCCUGUUGCCAUACCUAGAACACAAUGUGGUGGAGGUCUGCUUGGAGUUCGCACCAUGUACCAGUUCCGCAACCAGACAGGCUUUCCUGACCCCACCAUGAAACUGGGAGCCUUCUGUUACAUAGGUUAUGAGUUUCUACACAACCAGACAACAUGGGUGGAUGUUACAAUUGAGGGUUUUACCACAACCUCACCCUCUAUAGCCUCUUCAACCACAACCCAGACUGCUCUCUCUGAGUCCUCCCUAGACCCAAAGGAAUUAAUUUACUCACAGACCACCAUAGAUGACUCUCAGAACCAGGCCCUGACUGACUCUCCUUUCAUGUUUUCCACCAGCAUGGCCCCAUCAAGAAGUUCUGAGUCACCAAGUAGCCAAUAUGUAGCUAUCACAGAGGAUUUAGAAAUGGAUGACUCAGUAACCACUUACACAGAUAUUAGGAAUGUGUCGGAAACUCAAGAUUACAGAGUACACUUAGUAUCUGCAACAGCUGGUCCUGCUGUCCCUGAGACUCCAUCAGAAAAAUCAGAAGAUGAGAAAGUAGAUGAAAUAGGUACAAUUCCGUCUGAUGUUUUAAUCCCAGCCUCUUCAAGCACAGAGUCAAUGUUUGCACUGGGGAAAACAGAGGAAUCUAUUCUGGAAACGGAGAAAAUAGACACAACCUCUGAUCUCAUGCACACUACUCCUGAUCUGACAGUAGAACCCACAAAGUUAAUCAGCAUGCCUGUUGAGGUUUCACAGUCUAGUAGAGCAAAAGAUGACACAAUUCUGCCUAACAUCACCAAUGUUCAUCUUACCACCAUGACUGAGAUGAGCCCUACAGAAGAAAUUCAAUCUACAGCGUUUGCUGAUUAUGACAUCAAUGAGAAAGUUACUGACAUUGGUGUUAUGGCUGGACCUCCACCCAUACAAUCAAUCAGUGAAGUUUCAGAUACCACAGAUGGACUUAGUACCAUGCCAGGUACUAGUGAUGCAACUAUCACAUUCCCAACCCACACAGUACAACCCAGUACAGCUCAUUCUGAUGUUACCACAUCGGCAUCAUCCACAGUUGCCAUACCGAUGAGUCUAACAACUCCUGUACCCAGUGAAAUACUGACUGAGAAAUCAGAUUCAACUAUGUCAACUGGAGAAGAAUCAGUUUCAUAUACUCCAGAAGUCCUUGGUGAAGGUGGGACAAAAGGUGAGGACAUCGAGGACAUCCCAUCGGUGACACUUUCUGAAAAAAGCACCAGAAAUUGUACGGAUAUUGCACCUGUCCAAGUGAUCAUCAUUAACGUUCAUGAGCCAAAUAAAACAGUUCAACUGGACUGGAUUCCUAUUAUUCCUGCAGUUCCUAAUGAGCACACUCCCUCCCCUGUGGAUGGUAAGCCUGUCUGGGAUAGUGAAGAGUCUACUUUUGACUUCUCCUCUCCUGUAGCCACCAGCAGACCAACACUUAGUUUUAUAAAUGGCAAAUAUGAGGUGACCAUUGAGCCUGAGAAGUCUGAUGUUGAGAAGGAGGCAAGAGGAGAUGUGUUUGAGAGUGUGUCCUCUCAAAACCUAACACAAACAGAAGAAAAAAUAGAGACAUUAUCCAGUUUUGAUUACUUGCUGGUAGGCACUGGUGAAACACAAGAUGGGCCACCUGAGUCAAGUCUGGAUGUAACUGCUCCAAUGCCCAUUUUUCUCAGCACAGUGGAGCCAAAAUAUGUUUAUGACAAAGAACAAAUAACUGUAGAGUCCACUCCUCCAUCAUCUGUAAUGCCAGAUCCUGAAGAUAAGACUCUCAUGGAGGAGGGGCUCUUCAUACCUAAAGCUCCAUCUGGGACCAUAGUUGAAAGAAGCUUCUCACCAAAACCACAUCAGUCAUCUGUGGUCCCAACAAACGCAUCUGCAACAACUAUCUCAGCUGUUGUACCUUCUAAGCCAAUAGAUACUAUUGAGGAGAUUUCUUUUCCUACUGAAGAAGGGUCUGGGCAGGAAACGGCUACUUUUCAAGCAGUACAAGUGACACACCAAAGUGCAACUUUGCAGGGAACAGAAACUGACAAAUUAGACCAUAUAAUGGUUGCAACAAAUGAAAAUAAACCAUUAGUGCCCUCUCUUACUGACACCACACAUAUUACCUACUCAGCCUCAAACUACCGGACAACAGAGUUGGGAAUAAAAGAGUAUGUUUUUACUACAGAGACACCUGUGUCUGCAACAGAUCAGACAGAACAUACGUCCACACCUGACACCACAGAAAAGCAAGCUAUUUCAAAAAGCACAAUUAUGAUUACAUCUUCAUCAGAUAUAGAAAGCGUUACUUCAACAAAAUCCUUAUUUACAGCUGAAGUAGAAGGAUCAGGUGGUGAAACUCAUGAUUACAUUUUUACAAAGCCUACAUUAUUACAACGUACUGUAACAAAUGAUUUUGAUGCCAUGACACCACACAAACCACCAAUGCCAGAAACUGUGGGGCUCCAAACAGAAGACACAAUAUUAGCAAAACCAUCAGAAGUUAAUAUUAUCAAUUUCUCACAAGGAGAAGGUUUAGAUGAGACAUCAGCUAAAAUCACUGUGUCUACAAUGGAGAAAACAAGUGAAGAUGUGUCAUCAGAUACACAUUCUGAAACCUUUCCAUUUUCUGAAGCUGAUGGCUCAGGAGAUCAAUCGCAUGUAAUGUCGGCCACAGAAUUUCCAACAGCUUUUCCAUUACAUAAUACAACCCGUUCUGAACAAAAUAUUACCAUGACAGCUGUUUAUACAGUUCAGAGAGUUGAUACAACAAUAAAAGUGAACACUGUUUCAGAGGGAAUGGAAGCAAAUCAGGCUACUGUUUCUCCCUCAGCCUUUUCAAGUAGCUACGUUGCUAUGGAGUCAACAGCAGAACCAGUGCAGUUAAGCAGUAUUUCUGAAGAAGUCAUACAAGAACCCUUCACUACCACAGUUCCAAGUGUGAUGUCAGAGGAAGACGCAGGUGACCCGAGUCCUGACAGCCCAGCAGGAAGGAUGAUAGCAACAACAGUGCCAUCAGAGUCAUCUGAAGUACCUAUUAUUGAUGCCUCUGAAAUGGUCUUCUCAACAGAUAACUCAGAAAAGAAAACAACUGAUAAAUUUAGUGUUGAGUCCAUAAGCCCAGGUUUGCCAAGUACAAAAUCAGAGUCACUAUUGCUCUUCCCAGAGACAGAAGGGUCAGGUAAUCAACUAACUGAUACAUUCACCACAAGCACUACAACUACUAACAGAGAUGAUUUCACGUCUGCAAUACCAGUGUGGGAUGGUACACUGUUACCUCACUCAGAGGGCACAUUAUUGGAGAGGACAUCAGAGAGCUCAGCCAUUGCAUACAGUAUUCCAGCUACAGUCCCCUCUACACAUGAACUUACCCAAGAGCAAGAAACUACUAUAGCAGCAACUACGAUGAUUACAAAUCAUACAGCCACACUAAUUCCUGCAUUACCCUUGACAGAUAAAACAGCAGUAAAAGUGGAAACACAUCACACAAAGGGAGCAGAGCCUGAAAAGCCAUCAUCAACCAUACAAAGUACUGAUGCCACCUCAAUUUUAUUACAUUCUGCACCAGAGGAUGACUUUUCUGGUGAGAGCAUUACCGAUAAGUUGAGUACAAUCCCUUAUAUGCAAGUGCACAGUAGAGGCACAGAUGACCAGGACAUGACAACAAGAACAACAACACAGAGCAAAGCAAAAGAAAGUAUUUCUACUACUACCACAAGAAUUUUUACAGUUGACCAUACACAAUCAAUCUCAACAGAGUCCAGCUCAAGAGAGAUAGGAACAACACCAGAGACUGCUGAAUUCAACCAAAACAUAACUGACACAUUGGUUGGAACUAGUAAUAACAAAACAGAGUCGCCUUUCAAUACUAGGUAUGUAGAAACCUCAGGGGUUCAAAUCUCAAAUACAGUUUUUAAAGAGUUAUAUAUCACUUCAGCUCCAACCCAAGAAAUACCACAGGCAGAGGGUUCUGGUGAAGAAAGUGGAGAGUUUGAUGAUGGUGUUUCUGGUGAUUUAUUUAAUACACUUGUUGAGUUCACUCAUCCUUCACAAGUUCCAUCUGCAAAGGAUGUAUUAACAACAAAAUCAGAAGCAGUUAUGGGAACAGAGUUGCCAGUACACCCCAGUGUUGUGGAGGGAUCAUUGGAUUUCGCCCACUCAACAGUGACGGAUACAAUCCUUGCCUUUACAGUUGGUGAUGGUUCUACAGACCAGAAUGAAGACAUCCUUAACAAUGUAUCUGCCACCUCACCAACUUCUAUUGCAACAUCUGGUGUUAGUGAGAGAUUCACCACUACUAGCAGUUCAUCUGCAACUGCUGACCACUUUCCAUCAAGUACAUUGCAUGUAUCUCACUUAGAGAGUACGCAUAAUGACACAUAUUUAGCAUCAACUGCUAUUGACGUGGAAGAAUUCAGGGUCUCAAGCACAGAUCAAGAGUCUUCCAUAGUUGAAGGAUCUGCUGACAAUAUGUCAGAAACAACUGAAGCAAGUAAAGAAUAUUCUGUGAGAACAGAUGAGGCAGAAAUUAGUUACCCAAAGAGCACAUUAGAUUACACAGAUGUUGAAACAGCUACACCUUCCACAAAGUUAACAUCACUAUCUACUUCUCAAAGUCCUUCAAGCCCAGCACAAACAGGUUCAAUGCCUUCUUCUUCGGAGUCUGGUAGUGGUGACACAGAUGACACUACUAUUGAAACUGAAGGAACUGAUGAUGAUGGUUCUGGUGAUCUAAUAGCCACUGUUGUUGAGUCAUCUUCACUUUCUGUCGGUCCGACAAUGGAACAUGUAACAAUGACAUCAUUUCCAGGGAUCAAAUAUGAGGGGACAGUAGAUAAUCAAGACUUGGACCAGGUUGAAGGAUCAGAAAUGCCAACAACUGAAAUAAAUACAAUCUUUUCUAUGAAAACAGAUGAGGCUGAAACCAGUGAGAAUAAGACCACACUAGAUCACCUAAGUGUUGAGACAUCCACUAAGUAUGCAUUGUUCAAAUCUGAAACUACUUCAACAAUGUCUAGCCCAAUAGAAACAGAGACUAUGGCUGUACCUUUGGAUACUGGUAGUGGUGAUAUGGAGGAUACUGUAUCUGAAAAUGGAAGCACUGAAGAUGAUAGUUCUGGUGCUUUUAUUGAGUCUCAUGAUCCUUCACAAGCUUCAUCAAUGGAUAUAACAACAGAAAAAACAAAAGCAUCAAUACACACAACUAUCAAAGACCUGCCAUCGGUUGUUUUCACUUCAACUUUCACAGAUUCAGUUCGCUUAACAAAUGAAGAUGGUUUGGGCAAACAGUCAACUGUAACAAAUGUGCCAGUGACUCUAGGAACAGAUUCAAUCCAUCUGACAUCAAGGCAUUUUCACAUUGAUUCUGUAGUCUCAAAAACAGAUGUUGACAAAGGGACACUAAAACCUUUUACAGAGGAUGGAGGUUCUGGGGAUGAAAUAUUAGUUACUACCACUAGUGAAUUGCAAAAAUCUACAAGUGUCCCUGUAGAAGCAACUAUGGAAAGUGCCACAUCAAAAGUUCAGUUGUCUGACAGUUCAACAAAGUUUACUGAAACUCAGAAUACAGAAAACAAUUUAGAAAUUUCUACACAAGAUUCCCUAACCACUAGUUUGCCUACAGAGAGUUCAUAUACUACACUUGUGGAUGAUGUUAGUGUCCAAACCUCACCUGGGUCAGUGGUGACAAACACAGAUGUGACUACUCCAAUUCCCUCUGUCAUAUACCAAGAUGGUACAGAUAAAGAAGUUACAACAGUUGUCCCCUCUAGUAGUGAGAUCAGAUCUAGCAAAAUUACCACAAGGAUCCAUGAUACCAAAUCAAUUACAAGUCCUGUUAUCAUAUUCACAGAAGAGAUAAAAGAUGAAGAUGAAUUUUUCUCAACAGUUACAGACAGCAUGAGAGACCAAAGCACCAAAACAGAAUUUAUUACCAAAAAUGAUACGAUCAUUGAUGCAGAUACUGUUUCAGUGUUGGAACCCUCAUCACAUUUUGCCUCCACAAUCAUCACAGAGGAAGCAGCUGGUAUAACAGCUAUCACCAUGACACCUCGAUCCUCGAGCAUACUGACAGAGGAACCAGAAGGUUCUGGGGUAGACAGUCCUGUGUUACCAUCCUCAGAUUUACACCUGUCUACUCAAUCAACCUUGGAAGGGCCAACGGCUAAAGUUGUAGAUUUAAGCAGCUCUGAAAAAGCUGAGGAACCAGAAACAAAACCAACAUUUUCUGUCGAUAUUCUUGAUGAAAGAUUUAUUGUUCAAACUGUGGCUCCUUCCAAGAUGACUCCACACUUAUCCAAGUCCACGCAUGCUGCUCAGUCAACCCUGUAUUCCACUCAUAGUACAACGCAUUACAACACUGGAAAAUCCCAUCCGAGUCAGACCACCUCGCAUAUUACCUCCAGUGCAAAUCAGCCUCUAUUUACCACCACUGAUUCUGUCUACACUACCAGUGAGCACAGUCACAUCACUAAACCCAGCCAUACAACCACCAGUCAACCUAAAACCAUCUUACAUGUGACCUCCACCACAUCACAUUCUGAAUUUAGAGCUACACAAGCAAUGCCCAAGACAUCACAUUCUAUUUUGAUGUCUCUUGACACAGAGAUUGACAAUUCCUCAGGAGAUAGUGUCUCUGUAGAAGAUCCUGAAGUGCAAACUUCAACAUCAGAUGUCACUAUAUCUACAGAUACAAGCUCACCCACAACCUUAACAGCAGAUGCUAAUUCUGCUUUACAUGGAACUGUAUCUGCAACCUCUGGAUAUAAUGCAGAGAAGACCACCAACUAUAAAGAAUCAGAGUCUAUUUUAGCAUCCCAGGGAAGUGGUACAGAGGAAGGCUCAGGCCUCAUACCAGAACUUACGAGUGGAUCAGAUAUCAUUGAGACUACAUCUGCUCAUAAAACAACCACAGUAGUUUCACAGGCUAUGGCACAGGCUACAGAACAUGUUGAACCAAGAUCAUCGUUCCCUUAUGUUGAUGAGUCAGAAACAGGUAGUACAUCUUCUAUUACAGAGAGGUCUGCUACAGCAGCACCUACUGACUCAUUCUUCAGUAGUACUGUACGGUUCUUUCAGUCAUCCUUUGCACCUAUUUUAGACAUUUUAAAAAACAACAGUCAUUCAGAAACUAUGCAGCCUAAUAAGGUGCUGCCAGCAGAAGAGCAAGUUUCAACUGAGGCUUCUUCAGAAAUGUCAUCACCAACUAUCCAAAGUGUACAGCCAGCAGGCACAUCUGUUUUUGAAUCAGUAGCAGAGACUACACAGAUUCCAGGCACUAUUCUUGAUUCAGACAUUGUUGGGGUGUUGAACUAUGAGAGCACCACCAAUCCCCUUGUAGAAGGCAAACCAGAUUUGAUUCCUAUUGGUGUAUCUGAAAUUGAGAUUGAGGCCACCACACAAUCGAACAUGGAGCUUGAGAGUGAUACCAGUGUUAGAACUACUACACAAUCUGACAUCACAGUACAACCAACCACCAAAUAUGAGGUAACGGAAAUAGUGCAGAAAGAACGAGUUGAUGCAAACAAUAAGGUGACAACAGAGACACUACCAAAAAGUUCAGAGAUGGCAUUAUAUGAUUCAACCAGAGGAAAGACAUCAAGCCCAUUAUUUUCAGAGGAAAGCUCACGUGAUGUGAUUUCUGAACUCUUCACUGAUGAGUCAACAGCUGCCUCUUUUAAAGUGUCAACAGAUCACAGAGUUUUUUCCACUACUCCUUCAGAUGCAUUGGUAUCACUAUCUAAAGAAACUGAUAGUACAACCUACGCACCCCCAAUACUCACAUCAUUCCACCCAGAAGCAGUGUUGGAAAUGACACUAACAUCCCAGCCUACUGAAGGCACCUCAGCAGCAGAAGAUUUGUCAACAACAACAUCUAUUCCCAUGGUAUCUAUGUCUCCAUCAGAAAUUAGCAAGUAUACUCAGUAUACCCAAACCACAAAGCAAGGUAUGCAGUCGACUCAAGAGAUACCAAUAAUGAAGCCAGACCCUGAUGUGACACUGGAUAGUGAUGCCACAUCUGAACCUUCUUUAUUAGAACGCAAACCAGAUUUGAUUGAUUCUGAGACUCUCUCAAAGCCUGAGAGUGAGACACCCCUUGAAAGCACUCAUGUAUAUGAGAGUAAGGCAUCCAUUGACAGCACUGAAUGGCCAGGCAUUUCAGACAAAAAUACUUUUCAGAGGUUAUUCACUGUGUCGCCUGUGGAGCAUUUUACUUCUGAAACCAUCAACAAAGAGGUAACAACUGUUAUACCAUCAUCUGACGAGACAUCACCAGCAUCACCAAUGCUACAGUCUUAUGAUUCAAUCACUGGAUCUGUAGAUGAGGAAAAUGUGUCCGAGGUACAAGAGACAGUUACUCAAACUGAGGAAAUUGAAACUGGAAUUCUGCAGAGUACAGACAACCCCACAUCAUCAGCUGAUGGAUUUCAAGUACGUUCAGCUUCUUCAAAAGAUAUUUCUAAUGACGCCAUACUGGUUGAGAUCUCAGCCUCUAAUCCAGAGGCACCAAAUGGAUCACAGAGACCAAGACUGGACAUGGAGCUAGGAUACACAGUUAUUGGAGAAACAUAUGAUAUUGCAGGUGACCAUUCCUGUUCUGAUAGUGGAUGUAUGAAUGGUGGCACAUGUUUGAAAAGGGGUAAUGUCCAAAUUUGCAGCUGCCUACCUGGAUUCACUGGUGACCAUUGUGAAAUAGAUAUUGAUGAGUGCCACCUCAACCCAUGUCGUAAUGGGGGUACCUGUAUAGAUGGGAUUAACUUUUUUACUUGUGUAUGUCUACCAAGCUACAGAGGAUCUCUCUGUGAGGAAGACACAGAAACAUGCAGUUAUGGAUGGCAUAAGUUUCAAGGUCAUUGCUACAGGUAUUUCCCUCACAGGUGUACCUGGGAGGUAGCAGAGCGUGAAUGUCGUAUUCUGGGUGGUCACCUUAGUAGUAUUCUGUCCCAUGAAGAACAGCAGUUUGUCAACCGCCUUGGCCAUGACUACCAGUGGAUCGGAUUGAACGAUAAGAUGUUUGAAAGCGAUUUCCGGUGGACAGAUGGGCGUAUUUUGCAAUAUGAGAACUGGAGACCCAACCAGCCAGAUAGUUUCUUCUCUACUGGAGAGGACUGCGUGGUAAUGAUCUGGCAUGAGGACGGCCAGUGGAAUGAUGUCCCCUGUAACUACCACCUCACCUUUACCUGCAAGAAAGGCACAGUGUCAUGCAGUCAGCCACCUGUGGUACCAAACGCUCGUACCUUUGGGCAGUUGCGGCCUCACUAUGAAAUCAACUCGCUAGUGAGAUACCAGUGUAUGGACGGCUUCAUCCAGAGGCACCUUCCUACCAUUCGCUGCAGAGGAAAUGGCUUCUGGGACCUGCCCAAAAUUUCUUGCAUGACUCCCUCCAACUUUCAGAAAAGAUACAGCUGGAGGUAUCAACCCAUCAGAAUUUAUGGCAGUCAUCGGAAAAGGUCUGCAGAGGAGCCUGCCAGUUUCCCCAAGAAACGCCAUCACCAUGCCUUCAAGGACAACAGUACCAAAUAAUAGGCCUGUGUACGAUGAUAUUAUAGUCUCAGUGACUGUGAUUUCUUUUUUAACAACAUUCAAAGGACAUUUGACUUAAAUGUAGAUACAUGUGUGGAAAUAGGAAAUGGACAAAAGUGGAAAAAGACAAGAAUCUUGAGUUCUAGAUACUGGAAUCAACACAGUGCCUGUUCAGUAUUUUAGGACUAAAGGAAGAGCUUUCUCAAGUAUUUUCAGUUGGCCACUGAAAAAAAAAGGACUGUUGCUGUUUCUGCUGGAUGACUGACUGACCUUUGCUAGUCAAUUUGUAUGUAAGUGAAUCUGUUUUUGUCUUUUUCUUCAGAUCGCAAAAUGCCUUCUUUGUGCAGUAUAUACUAAUGUAACUUUGCAACACAACAAACUCCAGGAAAUUGUAGAAAGUCAGCACCAUGUAAAGGACUUUGAGCCAGAAAACAUUCCAGCACAUAUCUUUUGUUUUUUUAUUGGAUGUUUUCAUAUGGAUGCUGUAUGUCAAAGUUAUUUCUACCUAGGAUUCUACAAAUUAUGAAGAACAAGAGCUACAAAAAGCACAGCAUAUGGGAGAUGAGACACAUCCAAAAGACUGAAGGAGGAAACGCGACAAAGACAAUCUAUUUUGUGCAUAAUAGUCGAGAAACUACAGGAAAAGUUGGAGUGAGCUUUGAUAAUUGAUCCAGAAGGAAUUCAUUAUAAUAAUCUCACCCAAAGAACAAUUAGGUGCUGAGAUUAAAUAGCAAGAGAGAGAAAAAAAGAACUUUGAAAUAAUAUUAUGUAAGCCAUUUGGUCUUCUUAUAUUUCCAGCAGAUAUGUCUCAUUUAGUCCUUCAAGUCUACAAUUCUUUAAUUUUCAUCCCUCACUUCAGCUUUCAUGUGUGUCUUUGGUAAAAUGUCAAACUACUUUUAAGAGAAUGUACUUUGUGAAUUGCUCAACAAGACUUGAACCACAUGCUUUUUAACAGCGUGCAGGUCAUUUAUUUUCCAAGCUGCUCCUAAUCUUCUUGUGGUUGUAGCUAAUAUAUAACACACUGGAGAUGUAAUAAGACCUGCAUGCAUUUAUUUUAGAGCCCAGCAAAUUCAUGUGGUGUCACUUGUGAUUGUUAAGGAUAUUUUCUAUUUAAACACAGAGACUAGAAAGUAAUACGACAUUUGGGGUGUUGCAAUGUGCCAAAAAGACCAGAAUCUAUCAGUCAAACUUUUCUAUGUGGAAUGUCUCAACACAUCUCAACAAUAAUUGUAAUCUAUUUGUUCAUCCCAAGCAUUGUUUUUUUUUUUGUUAAAUGCAUUUUUGUUGUUUUGUCAGUUGUGUUUUAUCCAAAAGUGCACAUAUCUUUUUAUAUUUAAAGUAUAACAUUUUUAUUGUAUAAUGUGAAUGUCUGGGUUGUGUGUGAAAAAAAAAACAAAGGUUUUGCAAGGAAAAUUACUUUUUGUACUUGCAGUGUGUCACGAAAGAGACAAACUUUAUUUCA